GUGUCUGUGUCAGAAGAGAUCAAUUAACUCCUCCAAAAUCUAAUUGUAUGGAUCGAUCAAUCAACAUGGUUGAUCAGGAACAAGAUGGGAUGCUCCCAAUUGCAAACGUGGGUCGAAUCAUGAAGCAAAUUCUUCCCCCAAGAGCCAAAAUUUCCAAGGAGGCGAAACAAACAAUGCAAGAAUGUGCAACUGAGUUCCUAAGUUUUGUGACUGGCGAGGCUUCUGACAAGUGUCACAAGGAGAAUCGCAAGACCGUCAAUGGAGACGACAUCUGUUGGGCUCUGAGUGCUCUAGGGUUUGAUAACUAUGCCCAGGCUGCCAUGAGGUACUUGCAUAAAUAUAGGGAAGCUGAAAGAGACAAAGCUGCUGCUAACAACAACCAAAACACAGCAAAUAUUGCCAGUCAUGGAGGCCUGCAAGUAAGGGAGCAAACUCAGACUUCAAAUCUGGAGUUUCGGGUGCUUGAGAAAGGUGACAACUCCCUUAUUACCAAGCCAUGAUCUUGAUCAAGAAUGCAUUAACGAUGGGAUCUGGAACCAAAUAAAUUUUCAUCUGAAACUUAAAAGUUUUCAGAUGAUCUUUUAGGUCAGAUUUUUCAUCAUACCUCUCUCUAUGUUUGACAGUUUGAGUUUGGCCGGCAUUCGAUAUGCCUGCACUUCUGCUGUCAGUGGACUAUCAGGUUAGGUAUCUACUGACUUAAUUUACUUGCUAUUCUGAGGUAAAUUAAGUUAACGUCAUGUAACUUUCUACUCAA